CAAGGUGAGAUAUUUAGUGAAUUGGUUCAAGCUUGGCGGGGCAGCAUGAAAUAAGAAUGGAUGAUGUUUUCUUACAACCCAAAGCCGCAAUUACUGCCGAGUUUUAGUGUCGUAAAACGUUGUGUGGUGUCACUACCACACCCAACUUCAUCUUCAGCCACCACAAACUCCCUCAAUGCCAUAAUCAACCACCAUUCAUCCCAAGGUGCUCACCGGCAAGUUCUUGUUACCUAUGCCUCUAUGCUCAAAACCCAUGUCCCUUCUGACGCCUACACCUUCCCCAGCCUUCUCAAAGCUUGCUCUUCUCUCAACCUCUUUUCCCUCGGUCUCUCCCUCCAUCAACGACUCCUUGUUAAAGGCUUGUCUCUUGAUCCCUACAUUGCCUCUUCUUUGAUCAAUUUCUACGCCAAAUUUGGGUGCGUCGAUGUUGCUCGCAAAGUUUUCGACUUUAUGCCCGUGAGGAACGUUGUACCUUGGACCACCAUUAUUGGCUGCUACUCGCGCAUGGGCCAUGUUUCUGAAGCCUUUUUUCUGUUUGAUGGAAUGCGUCACCAGGGAAUUCCACCCAGUGGCGUUACCGUGUUGAGCUUGCUGCUUGGAGUUUCUGAACUUGCUACCGUGCAGUGUUUGCAUGGUUGUGCAAUUUUGUGUGGGUUUGUGUCUGAUAUAAACUUAUCAAAUUCUUUUCUGAAUGUGUAUGGGAAGUGUGGAAACAUUGAUGAUUCUAGGAAGUUGUUUGAUCACAUGGAUGAAAGGGACUUGGUUUCGUGGAAUUCUUUGAUCUCAGCCUAUUCUCAGAUUGGGAAUCUAUGUGAAGUUUUGCUACUUCUCAAGACGAUGAGGGUACAAGGAUUUUUGCUUGAUCUGCAGACUUUUGGGUCUGUCUUGUCUGUGGCUGCAUCAAGGGGUGAGUUGAAAUUGGGAAGGUGCUUGCAUGGGCAGAUUUUAAGAGCUGGUUUUGACUUGGAUGCACAUGUUGAAACAUCGUUAAUUGUAACGUACCUAAAGUGUGGGAACAUUGACAUUGCAUUUAGAAUGUUUGAACGGAGUUCAGAUAAAGAUGUAGUUUUGUGGACAGCAAUGAUCUCAGGCCUUGCGCAGAGUGGGUCUGCAGACAAAGCACUAGCUGUUUUCCGACGGAUGUUAAAAUUUAGAGUGAAGCCAUCUACUGCUACUAUAACUAAUGUAAUCACAGCUUGUGCACGACUUGGGUCUUGUAAUCUGGGGACAUCGAUUCAUGGCUAUAUACUAAGGCAGGAAUUACAGAUGGAUAUUGGUGUUCAGAACUCUCUUGUUACCAUGUAUGCUAAUUGUGGUCGCUUGGACCAUAGUUCCAUAGUAUUUAAUAUGAUGGACAAAAGGGAUUUGGUUUCCUGGAAUGCUAUGGUUGCUGGAUAUGUUCAAAAUGGUUAUAUUUGUAAGGCCAUGUUCCUUUUUAAUCAAAUGAGAGCUGGUCAUCAAACACCUGAUUCAAUAACCAUUGUUUCCCUCCUACAAGGGUGUGCGUCCACUGGACAACUUCACUUGGGAAAAUGGAUCCACGGUUUUGUGAUAAAAAAUGGCCUUAGGCAAUGUAUCUUGGUUGACACUUCUUUGGUCGACAUGUACUGCAAAUGUGGCGAUUUGGAUACUGCCCAGAGAUGUUUCAACCAGAUGCCAAGUCAUGAUUUAGUCUCAUGGAGUGCCAUAAUUGCAGGAUAUGGCUAUCAUGGCAAAGGGGAGAUUGCAUUGAGGUCAUACUCAAAGUUCCUGGAAAGUGGGAUGAAACCCAACCAUGUGAUAUUCCUCUCAGUCCUAUCUUCAUGUAGUCAUAAUGGACUUGUAGAGCAGGGCUUGAACAUAUACGAAUCAAUGACCAAAGAUUUUGGGAUUGCACCAAAUCUUGAACACCAUGCUUGUGUAGUGGAUCUCCUCUGUCGAGCUGGGAGGGUAGAGGAGGCACUCAACGUGUACAAGAAAAAGUUCUCAGAUCCCGUUCUCGAUGUUUUGGGCAUAAUCCUUGAUGCUUGUCGAGCAAAUGGGAAUUGUAAACUUGGUGAUACAAUAGCUAAUGAUAUUCUCCUGCUGAGGCCUACGCAUGCUGGAAAUUUUGUACAGUUAGCGCAUUGUUAUGCUUCAACAAACAAGUGGGAAGAAGUGGGUGAGGCAUGGACUCAUAUGAGAUCUCUUGGCUUGAAAAAAGUUCCUGGUUGGAGCUUUAUUGACAUACAUGGGACCAUCACUACUUUUUUCACUGAUCACAACUCACAUCCUCUGUUUCAAGAAAUAGUUGAUACACUAAAAUUUUUGAGAAAGGACAUGAUCAAAAUGCAGGAAGUGGACAUUAACCUUGAAAGCAGCCACAUGAUAUCACAAUAGCGUGCUGAAAUGUUAUAUCUAAUUGGAAUUUUGUCCACUUAUGAAAUGUCCUGUGAGCCUCAAUGUUUUUGAAUUUCCGUAGAAGAUUGUGACCCAUUCACUUUCUUUUCUUUUACAGUUUUGGGUUGACAUGGCAUCAGGUAUCUAGGCAGAUGACUUACCAUAAAUACAUUCAAAAGAGCUUUUAGCAACAUCCCAACAUUUUUAGCAUGGAAAAGGGGUUGCACAAGACAAGGAUGCAGAAAGAGGAAAACAGAUAGAUUUGUAGAUUAUAUAAUAUGAUAAAAAGAAUAGAAAAUAAAAUAUAAAUAUAGCUAAGAUGAAGGUACAUGUGUAUCAUUGUUCAAGAAUAAAUACAUGUAACUUACUCCUACUCUGGAAGAGACAGCUUUUGGGAUUCGAACCUGCAACCUCCAAAUUCCAAACCAACCUUAUUGUUUUAUCAAG